GGGAAUGCUUUUCCAUGUUCCGCGCCAAAAAUAGACCCUUAAAAGACUUUCCCUCCAUCAAAUUUUACCUCUUCCUGGUUCUCUUUCGCUGCCCUCCAACCGAAAUAGCAAUCCACCUAUGAGAAGCGCCGUCGUUUAGUUCCCUCCAGUGGCUUGAGCGGGGAACCAUCUGAGUUAUGGAGACAACUUCUCUUAUUCAAGAACCCCAAAAGAAGCAGAAACUGAAUGAAGAAGAGGACAUUGAUGGGAACAACAAAUGCUUAAGUAACUUACCUGAGGAGGUUCUUCUGCACAUCCUUUCCUUUCUUCCAACAAAAGAUGCUGUUAGGACAAGCGUACUUUCUAAAAGGUGGGAAUACAUGUGGGUUUCUAUUCCCAAUUUAGUUUUCGAACGAUCCUUGCGUCCUAAGAGAACGCUUUUGAUGAAUUUUGUGGAUAGGGCGCUUUGUCUUCGUGAUUCUGAUAUAAAACGAUUCAUUCUCUCUUGUGAUGUGCUAAGUGAUGCAUCUCGUGUUAAUACGUGGAUCUCUGCGGUAGUAAGACAUAAUGUUCAAGAAUUGUAUAUUGAGCUUGAGAACUUCAAAGGAGAUUUUUCACUGCCUUAUUGCCUCUUUACUUGCAAGACACUCACAAGCUUGCACCUUAAUAUGUGGUAUAUGAUCCUCAAGCUUCCCCCUACAAUUUGUUUCUCAAAUCUAAAGAUCCUUAUUAUCGAAAGUGUUACAUUUUCCAAUGAGCGCUUGACCCAGCAGCUUUUUUCUGGUCUGCCAGUCCUUGAGGAGUUACAAUUACAUGAAUGCAAGUGGGGGGGUCUCAAGACUGUGAGUAUUUCUGCUCCCAAGCUUCGUUCUCUGAGCAUACAUGAAAUUGAGAUGCAAAAUUGGAGUUAUGGGGAUGGUCGUCAGGUUAUGAUUUUUGGAGAAAGUCUCCAAGAAUUUUAUUACGAUGGUUUUCUGCACAGAGACUAUUGCUUAUAUAAUUCAUUCUCACUGGAAGUGUCAGAGAUUCAUGUUAUCGAUGAUGAUGAGACACCAAGACAAAUGGCCUAUCACGUGUAUAAGCUUCUUAUAGGGCUCUCCAACGUAAAAUUCCUAACACUUAACUGUGGCAUGGUCGAGGGUCUAAAAUCUUCAGCCGAACUCCUACCUCAUAUACCUAUAUUCAAUAACCUGAUAAGUUUGACAUUGGAUUGGUGCCCAGUAGAUCUUGACUGUGUAGCAACAUUGAAGAUAUUGCAAAAUUCUCCUUGUCUCAAGAUUCUAAAAUUUUUAGAGGGGAUUUGGCUUUGGCUAGAUUGUGGAAAAGAUGAUUGGAUACCGGAGCCGGUGCCUCAAUGUUUCUUGUCUCAUAUCAAGUGCAUUGAAGUUGGUAGUUAUGAUGGAGAUAAGAAGGAACUUCCUGCGAUAAAGAUUUUACUCAAGAAUGCAGUUGUAUUGGACGAAAUAAUCAUAAGUUGCUCAGAGCAUUUUGCAGGGAACUUAGAAAAGCAAGAGAAUUUCUACAAACAAUUGAUAGAGUUUCCUAAAGGGUCUCAAAAUUGUAAAAUCGUUUUGAAAUGACUUUCUUUGAGCUCUUACUCUAGAAAAAAACCCACUGAUUCCCUUUUUUUUGGAAGAUGAUGUAAAAGUAUGGCUUGUUGGCCUUCUACCCUACCUAGGUAACUUGAAUGUUCGUUUGUGCUAGUUUGGUGAUACUUAGUUUUAAAUCCUCCAAGCUAGAACCUU